GGCCCCCGUGAAGCCAUAUUAGGACGCCAUGCACUCGCGUCGAACCCUGCUAAAUAAUUCAGCAUAGUCCUGUGGAUCGAUAUCAAUAGCGGCUGGCGUACUCGCUGUGUGGCCUCAAUGCAUCGCGAUGGCAACCAGGCAAGACACCGUCUCUCGCUGCUAAUGCGAUCUUCAGCACGCCACGGUACGGUCGCCCUGUCUGGCUCGCUCGGCUUUCCAAUCCCGACGGCAAGACUGUCGGCUCUCAUCAGACGCCCAACAUUAAUUUGUACUGGGAAGAUAGUCCUAGUGACGUGCUUCGUGACCCUACUCUACCGUUGUCUCUCUGGUGGCUGUAAUUCUACUGAGACCACCCCAAACAACAGAUCUUCCGGACAACCUCCAAAAGAUUCUAAUUUGCAGAGCGAGAUGGCAUCCUCCGAGUAUGUAACACAGUCCAUGGCGGCUAAAGACCCCAAGCAUGAUCCGUACUUUGACCUGAUCAUGGACGACGACUUGGCCAAGAAUCAGUGGCCUAAGCAACUGACCAGUCACCAGGAGGACGGCAAGAAAGGUAAGGAUGUCUCCCUCAUGGGGCAAGUCAUGACACCAGAGCUCUUCAACAAGCUCAAGGACGUCAAGACCAAGACAGCGGGAUGGACCAUCGCUCGGGCUAUCAACACUGGUACUUGCUACCAAUCUUCCUUUGUGGGAUGCCAUGCUGGAGAUCCAGAGUCUUACGAAGUCUUCAAGGAGCUCUUCCAUCCCGUCAUCGAGAAGUACCACGUGGGAUACAAGCUGGACGGCUCCAUGAAGCACAUCACUGACAUGGAUCCGAAUAAGCUGACGGUAGCACUCAAGGAUGACGCUAAGGCCAAGGUCGUUUCCAGCCGAAUCCGCGUGGCCAGGAACCUCAACUUCUUCCCACUCAACCCUGGAGGCACGGUGGAGACUAGGCUUCAGAUUGCAGACCUCAUGUCUAAGGUCUUCGAUUCUUUCACCGAUGACCUGGCCGGUACUUUCCACCGUCACACCGAUAUGACACCAGAGGAGACCCAGGAACUUGUCGACGGUCACUUCCUCUUCCGUGGUAAAGAUAAGAUGCAAGCCGCGUCCGGCUACCACCGCUUCUGGCCAAAGGGUAGAGGCAUCUUCCUCAACAAAAGCAAGACCUUCAUCGUGUGGGUGAACGAAGGCGACCAUCUCCGCAUCAUCUCCAUGGAGCAAGGGGGUGAUAUCAAGAGUGUCUUCGCGCGUCUCUCGCGCGCCAUCAAUGCCAUCGAGGAAGGCCUGAAGAAGAUUACAGGCCGUAGCAGUGUCUUCGCUAGCGACCCGGCCCUUGGUGUCAUUACUUGCUGUCCGUCCAACCUGGGCACGGCCAUGCGUGGCAGCGUCCAUAUUCGCGUCCCUACCAUUGCUUCAGCUCUUGGUCUUGCAGAGAUCGACAAGAUCGCCCGCACCAUCAACUGCCAGGCCAGGGGCAGCAGCGGCGAGCAUUCUGCCAUUGUCGACAGAGUCGACAUCUCCAACUGGAGGCGUCUUGGGUUCACGGAGUACUCUCUGGUUCAAGAUCUUAUCAGAGGAGCCAACCUUCUGUCGGCUCUGGAGGAUAAGUUCGUUAGCAAGGAGGCAGAUGCCUCCAAAAUUGACCAGGUUCUUGCCCAACUUAUGUCUGACGUCACCAUCGCUGGUAAUUAGGUAGAGGAGGUUCCAUCCAAGUUCUUUUGCGAGAGAUGGUAGAAGAUAAAUGUAGUUCAGUGGGAAGGAUGCACCACAUUUUAAAGGGACAGUUUCAGGCAAUACCAGAGUUGAUGUGAAAGUUAUUGUUCUCUAAUCGUGUGUUUCCAUAAUCCUUCAUGUAUGCGUUACUUGCUUCUUUGCAAAUCUUCUCAGUAAAACUAACGUCAAUCAGACAUAAUUUUGUACAUGCACUAUUUUGCUGUGAGAUUUUCUAAUAGGUAUGGAAGAAGUUGACUGAAAAAAUUAGGGACCAGAUUUGGAUCUCAUCUGAUGCAAACCUCAUAACCGAAAUUCUCGUCAUGUUCCAACAUGCAGCUCCAUGCAAAUCCUCCUAAAAUGAUUGGAUCCACUGAAAUUUGAAGGAAUUAAUUAAACGACAAGCGAGUCUUCAAACAUUUCCAGUCUCAAGUAUUAUUGCAUAUUGUGUAUGUAUCAUAUCGCAUAUUAAGAAAACCUAAAACAAGCAGACAGGGCUAUUUCCUUUGGUUACCUUACAUACGAACUCCAAAUUAAUUUGAUGCAAUUGGCCUAGUUUUUCAGGCCUCAGAAAAAUCUGCAUUGGCCCAGAUUUUUUAUCUUUGAAAUGUAGUACGUCUGUAGCAAACUGGGUUUUCAACAACGCUGAUCUGUUAUGAUAACUUUGUUAAAGAAACUCGAGAGGUUUCAGUUAAUGUUUGCUGUGGAAAUUACAACCCUCUCCUUUGUGAAAAUACAAUGUAAACCUGUAGAACGAAAAAUCAAUCAAAAUAUUCAAAAAAUCAAUCAAAAUUAAUUGUCACGUGUAGUUAAAACUGCAGGUGCGUGUACGGCGCGGAGUUUACUAAGGUUUGAACUUUGAGAGAGGGGCUCGAGAGCAAGGUGAUUUGCUUCUUUUUUAUCAUUUUUCAACCAGAAAUGUUGUCAUAAAUCAAGCCUAAAACUGUUAAUUAAUAAUAAUAUAAAGGAUUGGGGUAGCACUGUAUGUCGGUUAUAGGCCAAAUUGUAUACACGUACUUGGGUUUUUUGCGGUGAACAUUGAAGUGUGAUUUCUUGUUAGUAUAAUCGAAAUAUUGAGGUAAAAAUGUAAUAGUCUCAUACAGAAAUUCGUAAUGGACCUUUACCUUUGACCUCUAUGAGUAAUAGAUAAUGGUAAGACUCACCUUUGACCUCCACGAUCAAUACACAUAGGUAGGCACACAUUAAAAUUUCGUCCAAAGGCACGUCUAAAAAUUAACAUACACGGGUUCCACGCCCCAAACUCCACUCUACAAAAAUAUGCGUAAGCUCCAUAUAUCCUACUACCAUACACAAACACUAUCAGAGGCACUGAAUUUAAUUCCAGGGAGACUGAAUCAGUAAGGCAAAUAAGAAUGAUUACUUUGGAAAAACAGCUAACAAUCUAGUCUUUCGAGGGAUUGUUACUAAUGUUACAGGUAUGUUGUACAAAUGUAAGAUGUUAGAAUUAUUCCAAGAAAGUAUUAAGAUCUGCCAUUCAGUGGAGACUUUCAAUAAAACUUUGUAUAAUCAUUAA